CCUAGCCAAAUUGGUUAGCUCCGAGUUCAACGGAGAGUCCUCGUCUCAACAGAUACCGUGGACAGUGACUGAGGGAAACUCCUGCUGACACCUGUCUCUCCCCGUGGACACCCCUUCCCUCCUGCUCCCCUGAAUCUGAUGUAGUAUCUUCUCCCAGCCCCCAAGUGCCAAAUUCAAGAUGGGGUCCCAGGUCUCGGUGGAUACAGGAGCCGUGCAUGUGGUGAUCGUGGGCGGGGGCUUCGGAGGGAUAGCGGCCGCCAGCCAGCUGCAGGCGCUGAAUGUCCCCUUCAUGCUGGUGGAUAUGAAGGACUCCUUCCACCACAAUGUGGCAGCCCUCCGGGCCUCCGUGGAGAGUGGGUUCGCCAAAAAGACAUUCAUUUCCUACUCGGUGACCUUCAAGGACAACUUCCGCCAGGGCAAAGUGAUUGGCAUAGACUUGAAGAACCGGACGGUGUUGCUACAGGGUGGCGAGGCCUUGCCCUUCUCACAUCUUAUCCUGGCCACAGGCAGCACCGGGCCCUUCCCUGGCAAGUUUAACGAGGUGUCCUGCCAGCAGGCAGCCAUCCAGGCCUAUGAGGACAUGGUGAAGCAGAUCCAGCGCUCACAGUUCAUCGUGGUGGUGGGAGGCGGCUCUGCAGGAGUAGAGAUGGCAGCAGAGAUUAAAACCGAGUACCCAGAGAAGGAGGUCACUCUUAUCCACUCCAGAGUACCCCUGGCCGACAAGGAGCUCCUGCCCUGCGUGCGGCAGGAAGUGAAGGAGAUCCUCCUCCGGAAAGGCGUGCAGCUGCUGCUGAGUGAGCGGGUGAGCAACCUGGAGGAACUGCCUCGCAAUGAGUAUCGGGAGUACAUCAAGGUGGAGACGGACAAGGGCACGGAGGUGGCCACCAACCUGGUGAUUGUGUGCAAUGGGGUCAAGAUCAAUAGCUCUGCCUACCGCAGUGCAUUCGCAGAGAGUAGGCUGGCCAGCAAUGGUGCUCUGAAAGUGAACGAGUUCCUCCAGGUGGAAGGUUACAGCAAUAUUUAUGCCAUUGGUGACUGUGCCGAUACCAAGGAGCCCAAGAUGGCCUACCACGCUGGCCUGCAUGCCAACGUUGCUGUGGCCAACAUUGUCAACUCCAUGAAGCAGAGGCCACUCAAAGCUUACAAGCCAGGUGCGCUGACAUUCCUCCUGUCCAUGGGCAGAAAUGAUGGCGUGGGCCAGAUCAGUGGCUUCUAUGUAGGCCGCCUCAUGGUGCGGCUGGCCAAGAGCAGGGACCUUCUCAUCUCCACAAGCUGGAAAACCAUGCGGCAGUCUCCACCGUGACAGGGAGGCUGCGUGGGAGUCGAGAGACUGACCAACCACCGGCAGCUUUGUCCCCAGCUCUGCUGUCGGGGACACCAGCCAGCGAGCUCACCCUCUCUGAGGGAAGGAUCAACUACCUGCAGGAAGCCAGCCAUGUGAGAGCUCUUCAGUGACAGGCCUUGGGUUACGUCUUUUCAACCCUCUGGAUGAAUCUGUCUGUGGGGAACGCAGUUGUCCAGGAGGAGGAAAAUAUCGCAACAAAGGGCUAUGUUAUAAGAAAGACACUGGAUCUUUUAUUUUUUUUUCUUCUCAUUUUUCUUUUUCUUUAAAAAAACAAAAAACAGAACAAACAAAAAAUCCCGAAGCAAAACCCUUUU